AUGCAUCGUCUGAAAGGGUCGGUUUGAAAAAGUUACUAAGUUUUAUUCCCCAAUUAUAGAUAAGCAUCCCGUCCAAGAAACCGGAAAGACGGUCUUCGUGGGGCCCUCUUCUCACGUUAUCCCGGUCACCGGGCCAUCAUGAAUCAGCACACCAAGCAUCAAACAUCCUAGUAACAGUUGCAGAGCACCCAAUUACACCCAACAUGCAAAGGAGAGCUUCCUCGCCUCAUUUCUCUAAUAUCGAUCAUGCCAACAGAGCACGUCGAGAUAUUCCUACCACUAAUGACCUAGUUCCUCGUAAAGAAUCGUUUUCAUCAAGUGAGGUUAUCCAAGAAUCCCAAGCCACUCCAAAAAUGGAAAUUGAUGAGCCCCCGGGGGCUUUCCCUGUCUCCAAGGGACAAGCUUUCGAAGAUCCUUUUACCUCCACUCCGAUUGCCGAGAAGGAAACAUUUCAGUCUCAAGAUAUCCCGAAUUCUCAAAUUAUUCAACCAUCUGUAUCUGAGCACCAUGAUAAUCCUUUAGGGCAGUUGUCCCCUAGGGAAAGCGACCUUGCAACAAGCCCUAGAUCCAGUGGGGACACUCGCUUUUAUUCUGUUCCUGAGGGUUCACCUGAUUUAAAUGAAUGGGUAGUGGUAUCUCCUGCACACGAUACUAGUUACUUUGCACCAUUACAAGAAUCCAAUGAAUCGCACGUCGAUGAUUUGUCGAGGCAAUCCACGGCAAGAGCAGAAAACGUUGAGGAGAGGUCGAUGGUAUCUUUACAACCGGACCAUGAUAAUCUAGAUUCGUUGGGUGAACCGAACCCCAACCACCCUUUUACUGGGUCUUUAGAUCCAGAGGUCACCGCCUUACCAUCAAAUACCGCAGCAUCGGAAUUAAUUCCAGAGGAUACAACAGCAACUGUAUCUCCAGAGCUCGGAAAUAGUGAUUCCGUAAGAUCAAUAGCGCUGAUGGGAUCUCAUCAGGACGCUGUUUCUCCAGAAUCUGACCUCAAUGAUACACCAUUAUCUGGCCAGCCCAACGCCCCAAGUGUUAACAUAACUAGCAUGAGCAUUCUUAAUAGGCCUCGUGGUAAUACUAUUGAAGAUCCUUUAGCCUCUUCGUCCAGAAGCCCAGUUCAUUACACUUUGUCUUCAAAUGUCGGCUAUGCCUCUUCUCAACCGGCUGUUUUGAAAACUCCACGAGAACGCCAGCAGGAACAAAGUAAUUCAUCGUUUCUGCCGCCUAUCCGUCGCACUUCUACUUUUGGAAUUGGAUUUGGGUCUCGUCAGAAGCAGCGUAGAUUUCCAAUCGACGAUGAUGAUGAGCACAUCACUGGCAAUGAGCAACCGCAACAGCAGACUGGAAUCGAAUAUGCAACUUCUCCUGGUUCUGUUACUCCCCGUGAAUAUGGCAUUGAUACCCCACUGCAGCAACAAGAUGCUAGCAUUAUGCAACAGGCGUAUGUUGCUCACUCGUCUCCAACAAAACCGCGGGUUGUUCGAGUUGGCUCUUCCGACUACAGUCAACAUAAAGCUCCACAGCAGCCCAAUAGUCAACAGUUCGCCGCCCAUCGGCCGUACGACGUCCAACCUAGGCCUACGAAUAAUUCCAGGCAUUCUCAGGACUCCCGGAGAGCAAACGGGAACUCUGUUGAUAUGACUCAAGCCCAAAGAAACGCCCCAUGGGCUGGAUCGAAUCUCCAAAACAGGCCUUUUGAACAGCCCCCAUCGUCUGCUCAAAGAUACCCCGGUCUAUUCCGUUCGGACACAGGAUCUGAAAUGCCUGAUCGGGAACAUGAUUUACCAGCUCAUUAUUACCAGCAACCAAUUGCCCGCGAGGAGGCAUUCCUUCCUAGACAGCAGAUUAGCGAGUAUGAGAUUCCUGGAGUUGGACCACCAACUGAUCUUCCCCAAACUGGAUCCAGCCGUAACUCGGGAAGAUUCUUCAGAGAAUUAAGCGGGAGACUUUCUCGAGGUACAUCCAGAGAACGGAAUGGUUCAAAUUCCAGAGGUGGUAGCGUUUCGUCCCCUCAACGUCCAAUUGAAAGUAAUGGCAAUGGCAAUGUCGAGUCAAGUAUGAUAUUAGAAGAGGGUAAAGGGCAGAGUAGCAGAAGGGCGAAUUUGUUUGGGAAUCUCGAACGUGCUUCGACCGUUGCAUUGGGCAAUUUACAAAGCCGGGAGAGCGUCUCAGCUCAUCAUUCAGGUUUGCGCACUGAUUUGCUCUCCUCGGGACAAGAAUCUCCUAUACAGGAUCAGAAGAAGCGGUCGUUCUUCGGUAGCUCUUCCACUAGCCAAACAAAGCUUAAAACCUCCAAAUUAUCCAGAUCAUCUACAUCCGGAAUGCUUGAUGGGCCUGGAAAGAAGAGGCGUUUUUCUGGGCUCACUGGAUUCUUUGGUAAAGCUGAGAAUUCAGCACCAAGAAGCUCUAUGCCACCACCCACACGAUCACCGGGAUCUAGGCAGUUUGGUUACAAUGAAAGACCGGUCGACCAGCCAUCUCAAUCAUCUCGCUUCAUCUCGAAUGAUGGUCUGCAGAAUUGGACAGCACGCAAGCAAGGAUCGCCACCCAAUCAAGAAACACCAGUUAGAGGCAGAAGAGGACCAAGUCGAUCAGGCGGGCUGCUUUCGAAGCUAACUUCCAACUCAUCUAGUGGAAUGCAAGAGUCGCAAAUCUCGGACGGGUCCCAAAAAGAAAACAAGAGUAGGGGUCGUCGGCCGUCUACGUCCGGCUUGCUUAACGGGAUUAUUGGAAGAAAGGCCCAGCCAUAUGAAAGAGAUGGAGAGGAAUCCCGUUCGCAGGGUAGCCAGCCUCGGACUGCUGCACUACCGCUUGCACAAACAUACACGGACAUGGAAGAGCAACAACCUUUGGAGCAAAUUCGGCAGUAUCAUCAAUCUCGACCCCAUACAACCGAGCAGUCAUACCAAGCAAGAGGUCGAGAUCGUCAUGUUAUAAGAGAGCCGCAGUAUGACAGUGUUCCCAUUCCUGGGGGUUACUCUCUUGUAAGACCACAGGGUGCUAUGGUUGUUCCAACAUCUUAUGAUCCAAAAGGAUUAAGGAGUUCUCUGCGGUCUGAUACUGGAUUUCGAUCACAAUCAUCGAGCCCACCACAACAAUUUCCCCCUCAGCAAUCGUAUUCCUCCCCGGACAAUAGCAAAGAUGACUACAACGAGUACCCCCAGCACUCUCAGGACAAGCAGCAUGGAAAUGCGAUAUAUGACGCCAGAUCGUCUCAAUCAAAUAGGUCUUUGAGGCAGCGUAGAACGUCAGAAGUCAAUCUCGGCUCACAAUAUCAUCAACAAGAACCGCGGUUUGAGCAAGUGCCAUCUCAGCAAGAGCACAAAUUGAAGGUGAAUGAUCAAUCACAACCUCUUCGUUCGCUAGCACCACUGGAGACGUCUCAAACUCAUUCUCCACGCUACCUCAGUUCUGAAGAGGAGCUAGCAUGCUCGCCUGCCAAAACGCCUGAAGAUCAACAAAGGCCAUACCAGAUUUCCCUCCCUGGAAGUUCCGAUACAGAACAUCGACCAGCUCCAAUUGAGAAAGAUCAUAUUUAUGAUUCACACAAUACAAAGCCAUCACGUAACUCAAUUCAACGACUCCAGCAUGGACAGCCUGUGCUUCAACACCCAGCAUCACCAGCUGAAUACCCUAUCCCAGAUUCAGCAUUGUCUCCUGUGAAUCCUCAAGCCAGGGAUUUUCCACCUCCACCACCACCAACUGGAUGGGAAUCUCAAUCUUCUUACCUUAACCCUCGGUACCAGCCACCAAACUCACCACUCUCUUCACACCAUAAUGCCAAUUUAAGUGUUGAUCUUGAACGUUCCAAUACUCGUCGUACCGCUGUAAGUGCUGUAUCACAGGUAUCGCAUAUGUCUGGGAACGAUGAACCCCCUAGAGGCCGUUCGAGUAUUUCAGCUGCAGACGAGAAAGAUUUGGGUGGGAAUGUCUCCGCAGAGUCAAGUCGCGGGCCAUCUAGUCGUGACAGCCCUGUUAUGUCACCAGAAGGGUUCGUGAGUUCUGUUUCAGCAGCCCCUGAUAACAGCAGAGGUCGAUCGGGCGAACGAGGUAUUUUGAGAGAGCAUGGCACUGGUGAUAAUAUUCCAACUACAACGCUGAAUCACAAUCCGAUUCCGGAUGACCUUUACGACGCUAGUCCACCUCUCCCUAACCAAGGACUUACGUUGCUGUCUAGGACAACUCCAAAACCGUCACCCAUACAAACUAGCUUUGACAACACUCAAAUCCAUCCACAAAAUGCCCCGAUAUCAAACACCCAUCUGGCUCCAAAUGACCAUCUACAAAACAAACAGACUUCUUUCCCAGAAGAGAAAAUCCAUUAUAACAGUCAUUCGCAUUCACGAACGGGAAGUGAGACCAGGUAUCAUGAGAUGGAUGCUGAGCCCACGGUUACGAUGAGUGCGACAAGUUACCCGGGCCAAGAAUGGAAUCCCUAUGCCGGUUAUGAGGGCCUAGAUUGAACCCCCCCUCGCUCUGUAAAAUUUGACCGCUCCCUUCUUGUUGCUUUGUACAGUACACUUGCUUCUUUGUGUUUGUUUUGAGUCCGGGAUACGGAGUACUUGCAUCGUGAGGCAGGGUCCUCACAGUCGUUAUAUACAUGAAGCUUGCUAUUUUCAAUGUAUUUCAUGGCACGGGUUUACAUUACAUAGACAUGCUCUUGGCAAAAUGAUGUCAGUACAGUAGGUAGGUUUUUUCCCGGAAGACUUGGUCAUAAUCUGUAUCUCGCGAUUGCGUCGUUGCUUUGUUCCUGUGAGUAUACGAACUUUUUAAAUUUUUCUUCCUGGGGGUUAGCAAAACGGGACUUGAGUUUGUGACUAGCGGAGAUUUAGUGAGAAUCUUAUUUCAUGUCUUCACUUUCGGGCCUUUAUCUGUGUUGAUUGAUUGUGGUUGAGAGUCGAAGGUUUGUCAUGUGAGUGUUCUCUUGGUGUUCUUGUCGCUCUUUCGUAUGGUUUUAUAUGGUGGAGCUGAAUACGUCGGAUCCGUAUUAAAUACGUCGUAGACCAGAUGGCUCGUCCAUGCGAUACAGUACGCUCUGUCAAAGUGUUGUUG